UGUUGGCUUCAGCUCGUGCUUUGUUAAAUUUAUGUGAUUCAUGCCUGCUAUUGAUUAGUGCGCAACUAUUUUGUGGGAGAUGCCAAAUUAAUUGUUCCAAAAAUCCAUGAAAGUGCUUUUUUAUUGGCCACGUGAGGCUCAACACAUACUACCCUGUUAUUUUAUUGUUUCAUGCAAAUAUAAUUCCCAACGAGCUUUUAAAAUAGUUAUGUGGUGUGCUUAGACAUGAGAAUUCACAAACUCUAUUGGAAAUGCUGCGCUGGGCUUUACUUUGUGGCUUGGAACGCCGCAUGGUGCGGCCGCGUGGUGCUUCUGAGCGGGGCUGGGUCACUCUGCACUCACUGUGGUCUUCAUGAACAGUCUGGAGUAGGGAGCGAUCCUCGUUGGUUCCUUGCAGUUCUGGCUGUGGGUGAGGUCUGGCUGGUGGCAUCCUCACCGAGAGGGAAAGGCUGCCAGAAACCCAGAGCUCAGACGCAGAGGAGGUGGUGCCUGAGGUGGUUCUCUCAGUACUGGGCACACGGAUGCUGAACCUGGGAGCUCUGCAGAAGGAGGGAGAGCUUGUCUGCAGAGUGCCCUGUCUGUGGGGCACAAACGUCUGUGUGAGCUCACUGCUGCCUGUACAAGAGGAUGCAACCAUUCAUACACUAUCCCUUGGGUUUAGAGUAUUUCGAUUUUCAAGUUUGAGAUGAGUAAAAAAAUACCAUACCAGUGAGAAUGCCUAAUAUCUAGAGGAAUAGUGUGAGCCUCUGGACUGUGCUACAGAUCUCAUUUCUCAAGCCUCUGAAGAUGACACUGUGAGUAAACCUUUCCACGUAUUCCUGAUUCAUUGAUGCCUGGAAGUAGAGUUCUGGUUCCAUGUGUAAAGCUAUUUUCAUCUCACAAUGCUGACUCAAAUGUUUUUUGGUUUUUCUUUUUUUCUUUUUUUUUUUUCCUUUUUAAAUUUACUUGGCAAGACAGAUUUCAUAGGUGCUUUAAUAGUGGUGAUUCUAUCUGUCCCAAAACUCAAUUUUCUUCAUUGAACGCUUUAUGUGUUGCACAAAUCACGAUGCUGACAAGUCUACAGUAGGGCUGAGCUUUAGUUUUGUGUUCAGAAAUGAUAAGAAAGCGUGAGGAUAAUCGUUUAAUUCGACACAUUAAUACUGUCUGCAAUGCAUCCUUUGAGCAGAGAUUAAAGGACUUCACCAUUCAAGCAUCCUAUUUUAAGGUGCAUUUAUUUAUUCCUCAUCUUUGUCCAAACAACUCUGAAAAUGGAAAGCAGGCCCUUGGCACCAGCUCAUUGUCACUGAGGGAUCAGUCACAUCUAGGAAAAAACCUUCCAGUGCAUACAACAUGUACAUUGUGUGCUUUCUCCUGUAUGUUCUAGGUAUACUGGAGUUCAUCAGUAUAGCAGUGGGCCUGGUCAGCAUCCGAGGAGUAGACAGCGGACUCUACCUUGGAAUGAAUGAGAAAGGGGAGCUCUACGGCUCGGAAAAAUUAACCCAGGAGUGUGUAUUCAGAGAGCAGUUUGAAGAAAACUGGUAUAACACAUAUUCAUCAAAUCUAUAUAAACACGUGGACACUGGAAGACGAUACUACGUGGCGUUAAAUAAAGAUGGAACUCCAAGAGAAGGGACUAGGACUAAACGGCAUCAAAAAUUUACACAUUUUUUACCUAGACCAGUGGACCCUGAGAAAGUACCUGAACUAUAUAAGGAUAUUUUAAGCCAAAGUUGACAAAGACAAUUCCUUCACUUGAGCCCUUAAAAAGUAACCACUAUAAAGGUUUCAUGCGGUGGGUUCUUAUUGAUUAGCUGUGUCAUCACAUCAGCUCCACUGUUGCCAAACUUUGUCGCAUGCAUAAUGUAUGAUGGAGGCUUGGAUGGAACAUGCUGAUUUUGUUCUGCACUUAAAGGUUUGUCCUCCUGGAGGAGAGCCUAUGCCCACUCGCUUGAUUUAGUACGAGAGGGAGAGCGCGAGAGAGUGAGUGAGAGCGAGAGGAAGCGAGAGCGUGAAUGGGAGUGAGAGAGGGGAGCCAGAGGGAGGAGGAGAACGGCCUGAUGCAUGCUGGGGAAUGGACACGCUUUUAAAUUUUUGAUCAGUUGUACUUCGUCAUAUAUCAGCAUAGCUGCCAUACUUUGAUUCAUCGGGAUUUUUGGCUGGUGGCCUGCUCAAGUGUACGCUGCAUUUACAAAGGCAUGGAGGGUGCAGUCUUACGUAGACAAGAGACUUUUCAGUUAAUCGCUCGCUGGGUCUCACCCCGCUGAGUUUAAAGCAAAGACCUCUUAGUAAAAAUAAAAAUAAAAAUAAAAAGUUAAAUUUAUUUAUAGAAAUUCCAAAGGCAACAUUUUAUUUAUUUUAUAUAUUUAUUUAUUAUAUAGAGUUUAUUUUUAAUGAAAUAUGUACAGGCCAGAUAGGCAUUUUGGAAGCUUUAGGCUCUGUAAGCAUUAAAAUGGCAAAGGCCACUAUGAACCUGUGGUAAAUUCAUGCAAGUAAAUAUAAAGGUGCAUGGAUAAAAAGAAUAACAAUAAAAAGGUAAUAAUAAUGAAUUCUAGUGACCCUCAUGUACUAAAGGCGACAAUCUCUUUUGUGCCCGUAUUAUUGUAAAAGUAUGCAUACCACUCAUGACACUGAGUACUCACUCUUCUGACUGCUUGUUUCAUAGCUUACCCCCAGAGGAUUAAAAACAAAACUGGGUCUCCAACUAUUUUUCUGUGUCUGUAAUAUUUCCUCUCUGAUAAAGUGACUUAUUACAUCAUUGUAAACUUCACGGCUGCGGAAAAUAUAGGGGUUGGAAUAUAUUCUACUUGUUAAAACCUAUUGCAGAUUAUACCAAAGCUAAAUGAUAAGUAUGCUUUUAUUUUUUAUGUUUUCCUAAAGCAGAAUGCCAGAAACAACAUAAGUAAUAUCAACAGUUGUACUAAUUUUAAGAUUCCUCAAAUAGCACAUAAGGGUUUUAGAGGGCAAGAACCAGGCUAAAAGGAUCACUCUUGUAAAUGUGUUUUAUUUGUGCACUUGACUAUCUACUAUGAAAUUAUACAAGUUCCAUAGGGGUCAUUGUAACAUCUUUUAUGGAAAAUUGCUUUCAGUGUGAACUGUCAUAAUACAUGAUAUUAGCACCCUUCUCAAAGUAAAACUUGCAAAAUGAAACUAAUAAAUCUCUAUCAAUAAUGACAAUGGGGGGAAAGUAUUAGACUUUUUUUUAAAGUAUGUUCAGAUAUUCACAAACUGUGAAAUAACAGUAUGUAAUAUUUAAGGAACUGUAGCAUUGUAUGUUAAGCACACAAACACACUGAUGAGCUGUUACCAUUUGGGAAUUAACCUGUAGAAAGAAACAUUUUUUUUUCCCAGUACUCUGAAGGUAAAUUAAAAAAAAAAAAAAAAAAGAGAGAGAGGAAAGUCACAUAAGGACCACACGACAUUUUGGAGCUGUUGCAUCCUUUAGGGUUCGAACCUGGUACCAUUAAUGUGAGUACAGCUUUUGCUGUGGGGUCUGCAGGGAGUGUGAUACCCCAGCUGCCCUUGGCAGCACUAGGGCUGAGCCAAACAUACUUUGGCGUAGCUGUAACUGCAGCCUAUUCAUAAUUAUAUAAUCCUGAUUUGUUUUCUCUCUGAUGCACACCUGUCUGUGCGAUAUGAACAGAUAUGAUUCGAAGCAUAAAUCUGUUCUGGAAUAGCUCAUGGCUUGGUGUCCUGAGCAAGAGGGAGCUCCCUGUGCUCUGUGGGUAGGAGAAGCCACGCCUCAACUGGGAGAUACCAGCAACCUUCACUAAAACACGGCAUUUUGUUGUAAUGUUUCUGAGUGAUAAAGACACAUCAAAGCAGAUUGUUGAUUUGUAAGAUGCAGUUGGACGCACGCACUUGCCUGGGGACUGCUAUUGCUGAGGGGUCUAAGCCCAAUCCACAGCACAGCGGUUGGUUUCCAACCCUUUCCAGCCUGCGUGUAAAUGUGGCAGCAGGUUAAGCAGGUGCUGAAUGGUUGGGCCAGGAGCACGAAGCCUUGCUAGAGCUCGAACAAGUAAGUGAGCUCCUGGGAAGUGCUGGGUUCACCACGCGUUGUCAAACAGAGCGAUCGCACUGAAGGAAGGACGGCUGUGACUCUGCGUUUUGGCAGAAAACAUUGCGUGUGCCAGGAAGCGAAUCGCAAAGGUUAAAAACCUGAUGAGUUGAGGCCAUGGUGCCAGGCCACGGACUGAGUCUUCAUGUUCAAUUGGUUUGGAUUUUUAGGCAUAGACAAAUCAUUACUACUCGUUAACAUGUUCUAUCUAUUUUUUUUUUUUUUUUUGUAUUUUUCUAAAGAAAGGAUUAAAACCAAGAAAAAUGUUAUGAGUUUAUGGCAGUCCAUAUAAAUAAACUGUAUCCAAUUUACUCUAAUAACCCAUAAUGGUGUGUAAAUACUGACUUUCUGUAAAUAUGGAAACAUGUAAUUUAACAUAGGCGUUACUGUGAGACUGGAUGGUCCAGGAGCUGGCAAUUUAUCACUCGUUGCAGGUUGACUGGGCCUAAUCCAGCCUGGCUCAAGGACCGAUCAACAGAUUUUGUUCAGUCACUUGUGCAAAAUGAGUUAUUUCUGCUUGUUUUCUGGUGGGGGUGGGCAAAGCCUUACUCUCCUGGGUGCUGCUUGGCUUCCGUGCCAGGGGCAUGGAUGCGCUUCUGCUCCUCGCUCCUCCCUGGUUUGGUCCCAGCGUAGGGCUGGAGGCAGCUGAGCUGACAUGGGCACGCGUGUGCUGCUGCUGCCCCACAGCCGUGCACAGACAGAACUCUUCAUUUCCUAGUGCUGCUGAUCUGACACCCCUUUCCAGCAUUAAAAUUCACUUGAAGGGAAAUCUGAGGGGGAAAAAACAGAGCAAUUGGUGUUAUUUACUUGACAUUCUGUAAUGGUGUGUAAAAUACAUACAGAAUUCUGUAAAUUGUAUAAAUACAUUGCUAUAGAAUUUGGAAAA